AUGGACGAGCCAAUGGCUGAUGCUCCUGGGCCGCAGGUCAGGGUGACCUUCACAACGACCGAGGCUGAUCUUCAGCUCCCCGAGAGCAAGCGACAGCUCCUCGUGCCUGCAGACAUCCGCCGCUAUGGCCUCUCUCGAGUCCUCAACUCCGAGUCUAUGCUCGACACUGGGUCCAUCCCAUUCGACUUUCUCGUCAACGGCAGCUUCCUGCGGACAAGCCUCGAAGACUACCUCACAAGCAACGGCCUCUCGCUUGAGACGAACCUCACCCUCCAAUACGUCCGCAGUUUAAUACCGCCCGUAUUUGAGGCCAGCUUCGAACAUGACGACUGGGUCAGCGCCGUCGAUGUCCUCUCCGAGACCUCCCCCUCCGGCCGGUGGUCGGGCGAAAGUUUCCAGCGCGGUCAGGACCGGAUCUUGUCCGCUUCCUACGACGGCCUGUUGAGGAUAUGGAACGCUUCUGGCCAGGUUCUCACAACUUCUCCCUCGGGCAGCCACGGCGGGCACACCGCCAGCAUUAAGGCCGCCAAAUUCCUCACAAACUCCCAGCUCGCGUCCGCGGGCAUGGACCGGACCGUGCGAGUGUGGAAGUACACCGAAACCGACCAGUUCUCCGGCGACCUCAAGCCGACGCUCGAACUCUACGGCCACGUCGGCUCGAUCGACUCGCUCGAAGUCGACGGCACAUCCAAACGCCUGCUGACAGCCUCGGCCGACGGCGCGAUCGGGUUUUGGAGCACGUCCAAAACCUCGGCACCCGAAGCCGACGCCAGCCUCCUCUCCGGCGCACACGCCUCCAAACGGCGCAAACUCACCACCUCCCUGACCGCCGCACAACGCGGGCCGCUCUCGCUCAUGCAGAUCCACUCAGCCCCAGCCACCGCUGCCGUCUUCGACCCGCGCGACCGCACGGUAGCCUACUCGGCCUCGCAAGACCACACGGUCCGAACUAUCGACCUGACCACCAGCAGCGUCGUCACCACGCUCUCCACCUCGCACCCCCUCCUCUUCCUCUGCGCCCUCCCGCGGUCCGGCUCCGCCCCGCUCCUCGCAGCCGGCACGGCCGCGCGGCACAUCACGCUGGUUGACCCGCGCGCCAACGCCGCCAUGACGUCGGUCAUGACGUUGCGCGGACACACCAACAAGGUCGUCAGCCUAUCGCCGUCGCCGGACAACGAGUACUCGCUCGUGUCAGGCUCGCACGACGGCACGUGCCGCAUCUGGGACCUGCGCAGCGUGCGGCCCGCGACAAAAGACGAGGGCGGCAUGGGCGGCGUCAGCGAGCCGGUGUAUGUGAUUGAGCGCGAGAGCAGGCAGCAGGGUGGGAGCAGCAAGAAGAAGAAGGCCGUUGCGGGCGAGGGGUGCAAGGUGUUUGGGGUCGUGUGGGAUCAGGGGUUGGGGAUCCUGAGCGGUGGUGAGGAUAAGAGGGUGCAGAUCAACUCGGGGAGGAACAUUUUGGCGCAGUAA